AUAAUCUAAAAAUACUUUUUUGAUGUAAAUGUUUUCAUCUCAUCAUAAAGACUCAAUCUUUCUUUCUCCAUCACAUCGGCGGAAAUGAGUUUUCACGUCUGGCAACCCGGACCAGCGGCUGAGGUUUCGCGGCUGGUUAGCCGGCUGAUCGCUGUAGACGGCUCCUGGCAGUCCGCUGUGGGUGUUUCUUCACCGCCAUGCUGAAGCCUGGAUGACCCGAGGAACUAAUAACAGGACCCGACCUGAGGCUGCUUAUGGCUCUGUACGACGAGAACAUCCUCAAGAACCCGUUCUACUCGGCGCUGGAGAAGCAGAGACCGGACCUCUGCAGCCGCGUGGCAGAACUCCACGGCAUCGUCCUUGUGCCUCGUUGUGGGAGUUUGACCGCCAGCAGCUUCUCGGACUCCCGAUUCGACAGCUAUGUCCUGCAGCCGGCGGGGGACGGGUACCGGACUGUGGACGGAAAGGAGGUCACGAUCCAGGACCGGCAGGUCCUGCUGGGCUCCGGCUUCCCGGCUCCCUCUUCAGUCCCCAUCCUGUUCGAAGAGACCUUCUACAACGACCGGGAGCAGAGCUACAGCAUCCUGUGCAUCUCCAGGCCUGUGGAGGCGGAGCCGAGCGAGGACCAGCUCGGGCCGCCGCCCCCUUACUGCCUGAGGAGCCUGGAGGACGUCCGUGAUUUCCUGGGACGCCACGGACAGAAGCUGGACAGAUUCAUCCAGGGCUUCUGUCAGGCCUUCAGGGAGCAGGAGAGGAAGGGACUCCGACACCACAUCGACUCGGUCAACGGUCUGUACACUAAAUGUCUCCAGUGUCUGCUGAGGGACUCUCGUCUGAAACUUCUGGCGAAGCAGGAAGUCCAGAUGAGUCUUCUCAAGCAGGCGGUGGAGAUGUAUGUUCAUCAUGGCAUCCAUGAUUUAAUUUUUAACUUUGUGGGAACGCUGGAAGCCAAUCAGGACGCCGCCUUCAACAAAACCAACAGGAGUCUUCAGGAGCUGCAGCAGAACGAGCUGGGAGUGAAGCCCGAGUUCAGUUUAAACUUGUCUCGAGCAAAGAGGGAGCUGAGUAAGCUCAACCAGCAGACCUCCCCCCUCCUCAAGCUGCUCUGCCUGCGCAGAGUCGCCCUGACCGCCACCCAGACCCCCCGGGGCACAGUCAGCAUAGAGGCCGUGUGUGCAGACGACCUGCUCUCCGUCAUCCUCUAUCUGCUGGUGAAGACGGAAAUCCCCAACUGGAUGGCCAACCUGAGCUACAUCAGGAACUUCUGCUUCAGCCUCUCCAGCAAAGACGAGCUCAGCUACUGCCUGAGCACCUUCGAGGCCGCGCUGGAGUACAUCAGCCUGGGGAAGCUGCAGGACACGCGCUCCGGCUCCGGGGAGCUGAACGACAAGGCGCUGUUCAAAGAGAGGAUGAGUCUGCUGUGUCAGAGCGCUGCCACGCCCAUCCACCGCCUGUUUGAGCACAUCGCCAAUGGAAACGAGGAGGAGGUGCAACGUCUGCUGAGUGAAGGAGAGCGCAUCGAGGACGUCACAAUGUGUCAUCCCCUCUGCUCAUGUGACCUCUGUGACCUCCAGCUGUCAGGGCGGUUGAACGACCCGUCCAUCGUCACGCCGUUCUCCCGAGACGACCGCGGUUACACCCCGCUGCACGCCGCUGCCAUCUGUGGCCAGACCCAGCUGAUCGACUUGCUGGUGUGUAAAGGAGCGCUGGUCAACGCCACGGACUACCACGCCCUCACGCCGCUGCACCUGGCCUGCCAGAGGGGAUACCAGGGAGUCACGCUGCUGCUGCUGCACUACAAGGCCGACACGGACGCUCAGGACAACAGCGGGAACACGCCGCUGCACCUGGCCUGCAUGCACGGGCACGAGGACUGCGUGAAGGCGCUGGUGUACUACGACGUACAAACGUGCCGCCUGGACCUGCAGAACGACAAAGGCGACGCGGCGCUGCACAUGGCGUCCCGCUGGGGCUACGAGGGGAUCAUCCAGGUGCUGCUGGAGAACGGGGCGAGCACCCACGUCCUCAACAAGAGCAAGGACUCGCCGCUGCGCUGCGCGCUCAACUCCAAGAUCCUCGGCCUGUUGCAGUCUGCUCAGAACGGCUGCCAGCGCAGAGAAGUCGAUUCCCCCAGCCGAUCCCCUCUGGCCUCCGACUGCAGCAGCCGCCGCUCCUCCGUCUCCAGCACCUCCUCCCGGGAGCCUGAGGUCAAACCGGAGGUCGAACGGGUCCGACACAGAGAGGUGGAGAAGCUGCUGCGGGCCGUUGCAGACGGCGACGUGGAGAUGGUGCGUUACCUGUUGGAGUGGAUGGAGGAGGAGGAAGAGGAGGAGGAGGAACAGCGGGGAGGAGGGGGGGCGCUUCAGUCUGAGGCCUCGCUGUGCCACCCGCUGUGUCAGUGUCCGACCUGCGCCCCCACUCAGAAGCUCUCCGUCCUGCAUGCCGGGGCCCUCGGGGUCAACAGCUGCAACGGCGGCGGCUUUACGCCGCUGCACGUCGCCGCACUGCACGGCCACUGCCCGCUCGCCGCUCUGCUGAUCCGCCACGGAGCCAACGUCAACGCCCGCACCAACCACAGCGCCACGCCGCUACACCUGGCCAGCCAGAACAGCCACGUCCAGGUGGUGAGAUUUCUGCUUGAGUGCAACGCCAAACUGAACAAGAAGGAUCACUAUGGCAACACGCCGCUGAUACAGGCCUGCCUAUGCGGGAGCCCCGAGACGGCCAGCACGCUGCUGCAGAGCGACGCGCUGGUGAACGCGGCAAACCGCCAGGGCAACACGGCUCUGCACGAGGCGGUGCGCGGCGGCCACCAGGAGCUGGUGGAGCUGCUACUGAGGGGCGGGGCUUCGGCCGGCCUCAGGAACAAGAGGCAGAGGACGCCGCUGGACUGCGCCUACGAGCUGGGCGGCAAGAACACGGAGAUCCUGAGAGCUCUGCAGAAAGCGUCAGGACUCUCCCCCGACGCCGAACCAAUCAAACUCCUGUCUGUGCCCAAAGGAGCUCUGGCUCAUUCGUUCGUGCAGCGUCUGAAGCUGCAGGAUCACAACCACGGCCGCAGACAGAAGCUGGCCCAGCCCAUCAGCAGGGUCCAGCAGAUGAGGAAGGGCUCCCCCAGUCCUCCCUCCAGGUGUUCAACCAACACCAGCCAGGGGGACCCCGACAGGCGGCGGUUGAGGCGCGGGGAGACGGUGGAGGUCAGCAGCCCCUCUACGAGCAUGGAGGCGGGGCCCCGGCUGAGAGAGCGGCCCCUGGGACGCUGCCACACCCUGGACCCAGGAGGAUGGACCCCAGAGCCCGCACCCACCGGACACGCCCACACGGCGGAGGCGUGCACUAAAACGUACGGCGACUCGCACACGACCUCGGCCCCUUCGCCGGGGUCACCGGGUAAACAUACUCACGCUGGCGUCGAGGCCCAGCAGGAGGAGAGCAGCGAGGACGCGGGCUCAAAUCCCACUGACCUCGACCCUGUCGAGGGAAGCGAUCGGAGAGAACGCGACCAAACGUCGGAGAGGCGCGCGGGGAGUCCGGUCGUAGAGGUGUCGUGAGAGGGAGUCGGGUGGGGGUCAGUUCUUGGUUCCCCUCGAUGAGAAAGAAGGAAAGCUCACAGUUUGAGGUCAGCUGAGACAACUCUUCAUGUCUCUUUGCUGAAUAUGAACUAAACGGUUCUUUUAACUCGACAGAAACAACGAGAGGAAAAGACUCUGUUCACAAUAAAACACUUUUUCACCCCCCACCUCACCGGGACCUUUCUAGCGGAGAUGGGAUCGAUGGUAUCAGAAAGGCGUCUGGUGCUGGAUCGGGUAACCACCACAUUGCGUUAUCGCAUAAUUGAUCAGCGCGUGUCAUCGAACGUUUGACGUUACGACGUGAACGACGAGCUAGGUAGCGUGGGCUAGGUAGCGUGGGCUAGGUAGCGGCACAGUCCGGAUCAGCUACGCAGCAAUGCUAACAGUUAACGCUAACGGAGGUUGUGAUUUGUUUAAAUUUACUCUUUACUUUUAAAAAGCUGUGUUAUUUUGGUGAAGAAGUUAUGACCUUUUAACUUCCCAAAACUAGAUCUAAGCAGGUUAUCAUCUUGUCUCAUAAGAAUAAUUAUUAUUAUUUAUAACUAAAACUGACCGAUUGGAUUGAUAUCACUUAAAUCCAUGAGACGGAUUAAACCAACAGUUGAGAGAGAAGGUCUUUAGUAGAUUUUGGCUGUAUUGACCCUUCUUAAAGUCGCAAUGAAAUGAUAGAAUGUAUUCUGCACAGUUUGUCAGCUUAUAACAUUUCAAAAAGACAUUUCGGGAGUAGAGGGGGGUGUCUGCUUUUAAGACAAUGUGAAAAACCAUAAAAAACGAAUGUUAAUUUAAGGUCCGUCUUGAUUUCGAGUGUCAUUGUAUAAUUUAUUUUGAAGCCGUAUCUUAUUCAUUUAAUUUUUCUUACUGUAACGUUGAAUCAAACCGACUGACUUUUAUUUGAAUACCAUCAGCGCAAAUGUUAACUGUCGAUUCUCUCCUCAAGCCACCAGACUCCAGAAAACCGAGAUUCCAGCUCCGAGAAGACGGUAGUUUGAGUCAUUAUGCGACUUAACCUUUUUAAAACACCAAAGUCACACAACAACACCAUAACAGUAACACAAAUACACAAUCACACAACCAGCAGCUCCGCUGUUCUGAGAAGUUAAAUUACUGCUUCAAAGGACUCUGGUAAAUAUGCCUUUUUUAAAAGUGAACCCCAUUUUAUAUUUUGUGCUAGUUUUAGCAACAAAUGUAUGAAAUUGUGUAAAAUAUUAUUUCAUUGUGACUUUACAUGCUGUUUGGUACAUUAACAGAGUCUUUUCUUAAACUCUUCUUCCCCCUCUUCUUCUCUUGAGUUUGAAGCACUUUCUUCUAGCCCUCUCAAAACGAAAGAAGGAAUGCCGGUAGUUUUGUUUUGAAGGAUCCGGCGGGUCUCCAGGCAGCAUUAGAAAAACCUUUUAUUUCACUUAGUUUCAGGUCGUUCUGCUCCAUAAUGUUUUUAAUCCCGUGAAUGACAAAUCUUGCAUUUGACAUCCGUGCCAAAGGUUUUCAUUAUCACACCAACGUAGUUCAAAUUAAAUCUUAAAGUUGUUACGUUCAGGAGCAGGUUUAUUAAACUGUUCUUUAUUCAUUUAAUUAGGAACGAGGUUGAAUUCGAUCAAAAAUCAAUUUGAAAUUUUCUUGUUUGCGUCAAAUAAAAAUAUUUUUUAGCUCAUUGUUUCCAAACUUUUUUUAUUUUUUAUUUAUAUAUAUAAUAUAUAUAUAUAUAUAUAUUUUCUAUGUUUUCACAACAGUGCACUCGUCUUGAUAAAUAUUAUGCCACAGGGUUUUUUCCUCAUCGUAUAAAUUGAGCAAUAUUAAAUUACUAUUCUCUAUCAGAAUGAAGAAAUCAGCAGUGAGCAAGUUUCACGUCUUUGCAAGUUUUUGCAAAUUUUUCACAACAAACUCGAGAUUUUAAACUUAGGAGAUAUAAAAUAUGCAAAACCACCAGUUUGGUUCCUUUAAACAUUACGAGAUUUUAGUCACAUUUAGCGUUUCUGUUACUUCAUGUCACAUGUUCCCCUCACACCGUUCACUUGUUUACUGCGAACGUUCAGGUCGCUGCUCACCUCUUCACGUUAAACUUCUUUGGUUUCUUUCCUCCGCCGAUGUUUGUCGAUAGUUUUUGUUUUUUUUGUCAAGGAAACCAGUUGCGAGCUAUCAGCUUUUGGUUUCCAGUGUUACAUUUCUAGAUGAAAGGAUGUCAAAACGUAAUCUGAAGUCAAGUCUUAAUUAUUUUUGUAGCACUGAUUUUAGUUUUUGAUGUCUUAAAUAUAAUGUGAAUGUGCCUUAUUUAUCUGCCAACCAGUAAUAAACGUAAUGAGAUGAAGUGUU